CUCAAGAAACUCCAGAAUAAAAAAAUGCCCGCUGGGCUGAAAAUUAAUGUCCUGUCCAGAGAGGAAUGUGUGGAGCUGUGUCAACUCGUCUCCAACUGUGCUGCCGUGGGGUGGUCCAGUCGACAUCAUGAGUGCACAUUCCAUCACCUAGAACUACCCGUCCACGAACAGCUUGGCAACACGCUGUACACAGCUGGCGGAGGAGGCAUCAUGAUCACGACUUCGACUACUUCAACCACCACUGUACCCACCACCACAAUUACAACGUCUACCGAGGUGACCACAACUGCAUCUACAGGUACAUUUCUGGGAACCUUCUUUGUCAGGCGAGAUAAGAAUCUGCUGACUUCCAAGUCCCUGCGUCGGGCUUGUCUGGAGUGUGCGUUGCUGUGUUUCCAAAGCAACCGUUCCGACUUCACGUCCACCAUCUUGAAUGAUGACGGCACUUGCAGCAUCAGUGCAUCCGGAACCCCUGGCAGUUCCCCGAAAAACCUUUUCGAGUGGAUAAAAUUGUAGAAAAUACUUUUCAUUUUGAAACCGAUGACAUAUUAUGUGUUCU